AUGUUUCUCAAACCCCAACACAAAAUCAUUAUCGCACUCCUCACAUCAUCAAUACAAGCACAAACAACACAAAUAUGCGAUUCUACCAGCAAUGCAACAACAAAUUCGGGAAGAUACACUUUCUUCCCGGAUGUCGUAGCUACUGAUGAUAGCGGAUAUCAGUGUACAGAUUUUACCCUCGCGGACGACACCACAACAAACACCACCCUCUUCACCACGACCUUCUCCUGGUCCGGCACCGACGCAAACACCUCAACCCCGCACUCUUUCCCCUCCCUAACCCUCAAUCUCCCCUCCAUCCUCCCCAUCCCCAUUUCCAACAUCUCCCUACUCCCCCUCACCAACAACUGGGCGCUCUACCCCGGCAACCCCCUCUCCACCAUCUCCAGCACCUCUGCCUCCUCCCUGCAAAACGUCUCCGUAAUCGCCGCUUGCUAUCUAACCCUAUACCUCGACCUCACCCCCGAAACCUCGCAAAACGCCUCUCUCGCCGCCACCAAAAUAAUCAUCUGGCAAGCCUCCUACGGGGGUCUCCUCCCCCUCGGCUACACCUCCACCUCCACCAGUAUUUCCCGCCCUAGCAUCAACCUCGCCGGCAUAACCUACACACUCUACACCUCACAAUCCUCCCCCUCAACCCAAACCCAAACAACCUGGGGCACACGUGCCCCCGCCGUGCCUCAAACGGUAUACUCCUGGUAUCCAGACUCAAACACGAGUUCGCUUACGGCAAUGGAUGUUUCACCUCUGCUAAACUAUUUGUGGAGGGAGGUUUAUGUCGAUAGUGGUACGUAUGUGGGUUAUGUGGAGUGGGGAUUGGAUGCGAGACAUGCAACGGGGAAUGUGACGUGGAGUGUUUAUGAGGUCGGUAUGAAUGUUAAGCGAGGGACACCAGUGAAGGCGGUGGGAGGGGGGGCGGGGAGAGAUAGGGAGGUUGGGAGGGGAGAGAUGGUGGGGUUGGUGGUUUGUUUGGUGGGGGCGGUGGUGUUGUUUGGGUGA